CUAUUUUCGUACGCGUUGGUGAGAAUAAAAGCCUCAGCUUUUUCGUUUGUUCUUCGCUUGCGGCGAGUUGCAGAGUGGGAGGAGAGCCUGGGAAUGCUCGAAGGCCGUGUGGGAGUGGUAGGAAGCUCGUCGGAGGGUUUGGAGACGUCGUCGGAGGAGAAUUAGGUGUGGUUUUUAUCCAUUGACUGGUUGGUUGGCGAUGGAGUUGGAUUUUUUGGGAAUUAGUGGGAAGGAUUCUGGGGUUGUGGUCAAGGAGGAGACGAGAGGAGGACGACAGGAUUCAGCGUUCCUAGUGGGUUCGAACUUGGUGUGGCCUUUCUCGAACAAAGUCUCUACCUUGCAGCAGUUCAUGGCUUACAAGGCUGCCCAGGAGGAGAGGCCAAAAAAGAUUGUUUUUGAUCAAUUCUCCUCGUCAGGUUACCCUCCUAUGUCAACCAUGGAUUCACAGAAAGGCAUGCACCAAUUGCCCAUGCACCCAUAUCAAUCCCCAAAUAGUGAUUCCUUGGGUGUUUCUAAACACCAAGUGAGUGAAAUUCGAACUUUUCCGGUGGUUUCCCAUCAUUCGAUUCCUGUACCAACAAGCAGCCCUUUCUUCCAAAUUCAUGGUGCCCCAAAUGGUCCAAGCCUCAUGGCCACCUCAAUAAAGCAGCAAGCUUUUGUCGGUGGGAUUGCAGAAGCAAACUCCGCCGUUGUUGGAUCGACGGUUGGUGCCUUUGCUCCAAGGAGCCCUGUCGAAGCCCUCAUCUACAACAGCACAGCUUACGAUAUUUUAUGGAGGGGCAGUGAAUGUGUAUGAUGAUGUGCCAUUAGAUAAGGCACAAGCAAUUAUGUUUUUGGCAAGUAAUAGUUCAAACUUAACUUCGAACAUGGUGAAUCCAAGGACUGAAGCCCCGAUUCUGACUCCUAUCAAAGCAACAAAGGUUGAAGGUUUGAAUACAAACCAAACUAAGAACCAGAGCCAUGCGGCAUCGCCUUGUUCAGGGGCUUGCAACCACCAUGUCUGUGGCUUCACACAUAGGACCUCAUGCUCUUAGUGGUUCUAGCGUUGCGGAUGACAGAGCGGGUGGUAAAAGCUGUUGGGAACAUUGGCUCCUGCGAGCCAGAACGAACCUCCUAAAACUGCCACUCAACCCAUAGUGCCUACUGCUUGUGUG